GUUGUGGAAGCUGUGUGGGCGGUGACUGCACUGUUGACCACACUGCUUUUACUCAGAUAAAUAGCAGUGCCAAAUGUUGUAGAAGUAGAGUUGUAAUCGAGUUCGAGCAGGAGGACAGACAUCAGCCAGUAGCUGUCCAACAUAUCUAAUCACUUGGAGACAACUUGAAAUAGACGAAAGGAUGUUGACCAGCGCAGUCCCUCAUGAAAGUUCUACAAUGACAAACACAUCGCACAUGAAUGGGUCAGUCUGCCUGGAAAAUGAAGAGUACAAAUACUGGGUCUACUCCACCGUGUAUAGCAUGGUGUUUGUUGUUGGCCUGCUCUCAAACACACUGGCUCUCUUUGUGUUCUACCGCAUUGCAAAGAGUAAGAAUGCCAGCACCGUCUACCUAAUGAACCUUGCUGUCGCUGACCUCCUCUUUGUCCUGAGCCUCCCCUUGCGGAUUGUCUAUUAUCUCAGAAACGGUGACUGGCCAUUCCAGGAUUUUUUAUGCAGGCUCUCCACCUACACAUUCUAUGUCAGCAUGUACUGCAGCAUUUUGUUCCUGACCUGCUUGAGCAUAUCACGCUACUUGUCCCUGGUGCAUCACACGAGGCACCAGAGGAUAUUCACCUUCCGCCGGUGCAUCAUAGCGUGCAUCGUCAUCUGGCUGUUUGUGGCAGUGAGCGCUGCUCCAUUCCUGAACGCCGGGAGUCAGGCUUUCCACGGUAAAAUCAAGUGCUUUGAGCCGGUGCUCAAGGUGUCCUGGAGCCGCAUUGCCAAAAUGAAUUACUUUGCAUUGGCCGUUGGAUUCCUCAUCCCUUUCGUGGUCAUUCUGGUGUGUUACAGUCUGAUGAUAAAAAACUUAAUGCGAAGCAGCUGGCAGUCCAGGCGGGUCAAGAGGGACGUGGCCAUGAUUGUGCUGGUCCUGGGAGUGUUCCUGCUCUGCUUCCUGCCUUACCAUGUGCAAAGGACGGUGCACCUGCAUUUCCUGGUUCACCACCACACCAACUGCGACCUGGAAAACAUCCUCCGCAAGUCUGUCGUGGCCACCUUGUGCCUGGCCGUGGCCAACAGCUGCUUUGACCCCCUGCUGUAUAUUUUCGUGGGGCAGGGAUUCAGGACGUUUGUCAAGGUGUGGCUGAAGAAAAAGGAAUCGAACGUCUCGUACAGCUCUUCCAGCAGCAAGCUCUUCGUCAGCCUGGCGUUUGUGCAAGAGGGCAGGAAACUGGAGGCGUUGUCAGCAGGGCCGAGCAAGGAAGCCGAGGCUUGGCUCAGUGAAGCAGGCCAAGGAGAGCAGAAUGGCACAACCAGCAUGGAAGGUACAUUUUAACACCCAGCAAAACCGCCCAACACGACUUCUCGACUCCCUCCAUCGUCCUAGUUAGAUGAGAAGAGAAUUUUGUCCCCCGGGCCCUUGGCUCACUUGACAAAGAAGCGUUUAAGGCACAAAACAGUGGAGUAUCAUGAUGGCGACAGUUGGGAAGAUGGGAAUAUUUUCCAAAGUUCACAACCUUGUCAAGAGACCAAUGUUGCCCAUGUCAUCCAAUGAAGGUGUUAAAAAGUGUGUGGUGCGGGGGAGGAGGAGGAGGAGGAACUGGAAGGGCUGCCAUCCUAGUCACUUGUCUUUUUUUUAAUUUGUUCACAGGAUGUGGGCUGUGCUGGCUAGGUCAGCAUUUAUUGCCCACUCCUAAUUCCCAUUGAGAAGGUGGUGGUGAGCUCCCCUUUUGAACUACUGCAGUCCAUUCGGUGCAGGGACUCUCACGCUGCUGUUAAGAAGGGAGUUCCAGGACUUUGACCCAACGGCAAUGAAGGAAUGACAAUAUAUUUCCAAGUUCGGAUGGUGGGUGACUUGGAGGGGAACUUGCAGGUGGUGGUGUUCCCUUCUAUCUGCUGCCCUUGUGCUUUUAGAUGGUCGAGGUUGUGGGUUGCUAUCGAUGGAGCCUUGGUGAGUUGCUGCAGUGCAUCUUGUAGAAGGUACACGCUGCUGCCACAGUGCGUCUUGUAGAAGGUACAUAAUGCUGCCACAGUGCAUCUUGUAGAAGGUACAAGCUGCUGCCAC